UUGCAGUUUCUCUUUUAAGUCUUUCCUUCGCCUUCCCACCUACUAGAUUAUCAACCUCGAGCUCCUCUUUGACAGAUCCUUACGCGUCCAUAUUACUAUGAACGAAAACUGCAUUACACCACCCACCACCACCUCAUCUACAUCGUUAUACAAAAGUAUCCGGCUCCCCUUUCGCUGCACCGUUACCGAAUUCCAUAGGCCGCUCAUCGCAAAGUCACUGUCUGCUGCUGAGAGGCAAUCAAAUGAGCUCGCUGAUGAGGUGGAAAGGCUCAAAGGAGCUAUCAUGAUACUGGAAAAGCGACGAUUUGAGGUAGAGGAAAAUAUCAAGACUUACAAGUCUUUGAUGGCUCCCGUUCAUAGGACGCCCCCAGAGGUCAUGGUGGAAAUCUUCGAAUACUGUUGCUCAACGAACUAUGUCACCCGGACGAACCGAAAACCCUCUCAUUCAUUAAUACCUCCUGCCCUUGAGAUCUCAAUGGUCUGCGGUCGUUGGAGAGAACUUGCAAUAACUGCCCCAUCCUUGUGGUCCUCAAUGCACAUCGUUCGCGGUGAUGUCACUACGUUCCAAGCAAACAUGUAUCGGGCUGCCAAACUCUUCCUGGCUCGCUCUAAGAGCCAUCCCAUCAUGCUUUGUUUGGUUUCUGAGGGGCUUCAAAACGAACCGGAUGUGGCGGAUAUGUUUGUUCAGCAAUCCACCCGAUUGCGAAGUCUAACGCUCAGCAUUGCAUGUGAUGGCACCUCUGGGUUAACACUCGGAGCGAUUCGAGGACGCUUACCGAUAUUGUCCGAUCUCGCCCUUCAAGGUGACUUAAGAUCCCCGGAUAUAAUCUCCAAUGUCUUUGAGACGGCGCCGGCUCUACGAUCCCUUUCUCUCGAACGCAACUUCAUCACAUCGAAUUUAUGUUUACCAUGGCGACAGAUAAGGUCAAUUCGCCUGUACGAUUCUAAGCUCAACCGGAUGUUGCAGGUUCUUGGUCUCUGUCUCGAUCUUGAGGAUAUAGAGCUGGUGGACAUUCAUCCCGACGAGUUUGACGCCGGAAACCAUCUUGUCCUACACAGAACCAGGAGGUUAUCAAUUGCGACCACACAAGCUCGCUGUAUGGCCGAAGCUAUUCACCAAAUCACCUGUCCUCAUCUGAUGAGUCUGGAAAUAUCCGAUGACGGAGAUAACUGGAACUUGCCGUGGAAUAUCUCGUCCAUCGCAACUGAUCUACUUCAGCCUACAUGUGUCCUUACGUCGCUUCAUCUCCAAGGGGUUCCAGCCACAGACACGGACCUCAUCGCCCUUCUUCGACAGGUACCCACUCUCCAGACUCUCUUUGUCCAGGAAAGUUUCCCCACAAGUUUCCCCCGUGAGAGAAAUUUGAAACCUACAAACAUGACCGUCACCUCUUCUUUCCUUCGCCAACUCUUCCUUUCACAUGAACUGCUGAGGGAGAGCCAGCACAUGUCUGAGAUCUUUCUUCCUAAUCUCAAGUAUCUCACUCUAGACAUUCAUGCUGAAGGUCUGGACCAGCGAGCUCUGGUUAACGCUAUACUCAGUCGAUGCCCUGAUCCAAACCGGGGGAGAGGGAAGAUACAUACGAAAGUCGAUCGUAAUCUGCCUGCUUCGUUACUUUCGUUUGCGGUGACCGUGACAACUCGGGAUAGGAUAGAUUCUUUUGAUGUUUUGAAAGCCUUGCAGUGCUUCAAUGCAGCUGGCCUGGGUGUUUCUAUCAACAUUGAGCACGAUGUCGAUGAUGAUGAUGACGAUGAAUCCGACGACGACGACGAAGACGAAGACGAUUAACACUAUUGGUGAUGAGGCUGUUUCGGUUCUUUUAUGGUUCAGCAUGAUAUCGAGAAAGGUAAUGAAGAUCUGUACCAGGAUACAAGUAUUUUUUCGUUGACCUUCUUUCCCAUCCUUCCGGUUUCACGAAGUGUCAAUUAGAGGCAGAAUCUUCUAACAUGUUGCAGCCAUAUGAGUGCGAAGGUAGCCGGGCCGAUAUCCUCGAGAUAUGUAGACACUCAUGGCAAAUUAAGAAGUAUUUUAAUGCAUCGGGGAGCGGAGAAAGGCCUAUUUUGCGGUUUAGACUCUUGACCCGCAUCAGCACAUUAAAAUCAA